GGAAGCGGAAGCGGGGAAGGCAGAGCCUGAGCCGGAAGCGGAAGCGGCGGCGGGCGGCUUCCUGCCUGGGCAGCGGCGGAGGUCGGAGCCGGGGGCCGCGCUCGCCCGGGGCUGCGGCGGCGGCCGCGGGAGGAUGAGGCGGGCAGAGAUGAAGCACGGGAAAUCAUCACAUCCGAAGGAUAUACUUGGAGUAAAAGAUCACUGACUACUACAAUGGAAAAGUCAUGGAUGCUUUGGACCUUUGUUGAAAGAUGGCUACUAACUUUGGCUUCCUGGUCUUGGGGUCUCUGCCGUAUUUCUCUUUUACCUUUGAUAGUAACUUUUCACUUGUAUGGAGGCAUUAUACUACUCAUACUAAUAUUUGUGUCAAUAGCAGGUAUAUUAUAUAAAUUCCAGGAUGUGCUGCUUUACUUUCCUGAACAGCCUUCUUCAUCGCGUCUUUAUGUUCCCAUGCCUACUGGUAUACCACAUGAAAAUAUCUUCAUCAAAACCAAAGAUGGAGUUCUUCUCAAUCUUAUUCUGCUGAGAUACACAGGGGACAAUGCAGCAUAUUCUCCAACCAUCAUUUACUUUCAUGGCAACGCAGGCAACAUUGGCCACAGGUUGCCAAAUGCUUUGUUAAUGCUGGUGAACCUGAAAGUAAACUUAAUCCUAGUUGAUUAUAGAGGGUACGGAAAAAGUGAAGGAGAAGCAAGUGAAGAAGGUUUGUACUUAGAUUCUGAGGCUGUGUUAGACUAUGUGAUGACUCGGUCCGAUCUUGAUAAAACAAAAAUUUUUCUCUUUGGCCGUUCCUUGGGGGGAGCAGUAGCUAUUCAUUUAGCUUCUGAAAAUUCCCAUAGGAUUUCUGCCAUCAUGGUUGAGAACACCUUUCUUAGCAUCCCACACAUGGCCAGCACUUUAUUUUCUUUCUUUCCAAUGAGAUACCUUCCUUUAUGGUGCUACAAAAAUAAAUUUCUGUCCUACAGAAAAAUCUCUCAGUGCAGAAUGCCUUCACUCUUCAUCUCUGGGUUGUCUGACCAGUUAAUUCCACCAGUCAUGAUGAAGCAACUUUAUGAAUUAUCCCCAGCUCGGACUAAGAGAUUGGCAAUUUUUCCUGAUGGAACUCAUAAUGACACUUGGCAGUGCCAGGGAUAUUUCACUGCACUUGAACAGUUCAUCAAAGAAGUAAUAAAGAGUCACUCCCCUGAAGAAAUGGCGAAAACGUCAUCUAAUGUAACAAUAAUAUAACUGAUAUUCUUCUUUGGGGUCGGGGGAGUACCUGCACUGUACCUUGGUUUGUGAAAAGUGGUGAAAGAAUGUCAAUUUUUACAUGUGUGUCAUGUCUGUACUUGCCUAAAGAGUGAAAUUAAAGUUGGAAAGGUCUGAUGCUUUAUUAAGAUGUUCCGGAAAACUUUUACAUUUGCAGCAUUGUAAAUGAACCAUUUUGUCUUUCUCAUACUUUUUGAUAUGUCCAUAUAAUCCAUUUGUUUGAUAUGUACUACAGAUGCUAUUAAAAGAAAAAAAAAACUUGCUACAAGAGUAGUACAGAACAUAUUAGUUUAGUACAGUUGGAGGCUUCAAUGCUGUGUGUGUGAGCUUUUUGGACAAUCAUGGUUAGCACAAUGAUUUGUUGUUUCUCUUAGAGUUUAUUUAAAGUGUGCCAUGCAUGAGAUAGUGUUUUAUUCCUUGAAAAUUUAUAUUAUGCAAGAUGGGAAGUCUUUAAUGUGCUAAAUAAUAUAAAAUAACAUUAAUGAUAGAGUAUACAUACAGGUAUACUAUCCUCAGUUAUUACUUUUUUUUUAAUGUUUAUGCAUACGUAUAUAGUUCAAACUGCAACUGAAGAGGAAAAGACACUUUCCCUGUUUUCAUUUUACUGUUUGCAUUUUAGUGUUGCCCAUAAAGUUGUAUGUGCCUAAACAUUAUGGCUGGUGGAUUUUGCCCAGACAAUUUCUUCACAGAAAAUAGAAGUAACCCU